AUUUUGUGAAACAUCUGUUGGCAUGGUCAGUGGAUUUCCACAUGACUAUAUGCAUUUAGUGUGCCUAGGUGUAGUACGCCGUCUAUUUGAUCUAUGGAUGGGCGCGUAUGGCAAGUUACACUGUCGUAUUUCAUCCAGGCAAGUGUCCUGCAUAUCUGGCAAACUGAUUGAUCUCAGGGGCUACAUACCCUCAGAAUUUGCUCGAUGACCAAGGGGCCUAGAGGAAAGAUUGAGAUGGAAAGCAACAGAACUUAGGCAGUUCUUACUUUACACUGGUCCUGUUGUUUUAAAGGGAGUUCUGUCUACUGAGAUUUAUCAAAAUUUUAUGCUGCUUUCUGUAGGUAUGUACAUUUUGGCAAGUCCAAUAUAUUGUCAGAUUUUGAAUAACUUUGCCCAAAAAUUGUUUAAAGCAUUUGUUAGCCACUUUGAAAAGCUGUAUGGUCGAGAGUUUUUAGUAUACAACAUACAUGGUUUGACUCAUCUCUCUGAUGAUGUCAGUGUGCAUGGCCACUUAGAUUUAAUAUCUGGGUUUCCCUUUGAAAAUUAUCUAAAGAAAAUCAAAAGAAUGGUUCGGAAGCCUUCUUUUCCACUACAGCAAGUUAUACGGAGAAUUUCAGAGCUUGAUUCAACUGCAAGAGGACAUCUCAGACAAACAUAAACAGUUAAAAAUGCUCCACACAGACGGACCUGUUCCACCAAUUUUUCAAGGACUUGUCUCCCAGUUUAAAGAAAUUGUAAUGGAUGAGUUUGUGAUCAAUUCAUCUGAAAGGGACAGAUGUUUAAAAAUUGACAAGAGGGUACUUUUAGUCCAGAAUAUAAUUGUCUCAGAGGGUGAGGAACACUUGAUCUGUAAAGAGUUCAGAAAAAUUACACAAUUUUUUGACUAUCCCAUCAACUCUACAGAUUUAGGAAUCUGUUUUGUGUCAGAUCUGUCACCUAAUCUUACAUGCUUGAAGUUGGAUCCAAAAAUUCAAAAAUGUGUCCAUCUACCUUUUGAAGUUGGUUUUGUUAUUGUUCCACUUCUUCAUCCAGACCCAUCGUAAACUUUGUGCAUAGUGGCUAUUUAGAGGACUUUUUGAAAUUUUCAUCUUUUUUAGUGUUUGAUUUAGUCAAAUUGUUCUUUCUUUUGAGCAGCGGAGCUUGACAUUUAGACUGCAGUAACAUUUUUCAUCUUUUGAGGGUAGGUGUAAACACAGCUAGAACUGUGUUUUUCUUUAUUAGUGUUUCUACAUGCUUUUAAAGUAAAUGCAAACUAAGCAUGUAUGAUUGACAACAUUGAGUUUAACUCAAAUUCCUAAUUUUCUCAUUAAAACUCUCGGUGUGUCUCUUUUUUAGGAAAUGUAUUACAUAGUUGAAUUCAUUGAAUCUCGAGAGGUUGAGGUUGUUCCAGCUCUCUGGGUGAACAAUGACGUCUGCCAAUGGCCAGAUCAUCAUCGAUCCACUGAAUUAAAAAAAUCCAUUAAAAACAAGGAACAGCCUGGACCUUCAUGGGAUGCUUUUAGUGUCCGGAUUUUAUACACAGCUGAAAACUAUCAGACGGCUCGCCUGAAACUUCCUCAAGCGGAAAAUCACACUGACCUUCAAACAGCUGAAGAAGACGAGGAUGACAUCCCCAAAAGGAAGCGGAAGAGGCUGUCAAAUAUUCGAUUUGAGAGUGACAGUGACAGUGAUAACGACGCAUUUCACAAAAAGACAAACUCCGUCUUUAAUAACCUACCUCCACCACCAAAGAUAAAUGGACCAGGCUUUGAAGUCCAAGCUGCAGUUAACAACCAGGCUUUGACCCGCAAACCCCAUAACCACAGAAGGCCCACUUCACUAGGGUACACGUCAACUCCUGUAUCUCGACAGUCCAGCACAACCCCAAAUGUGAGCAGUCCCAUUGCACGAGGGAGCAUGUCAAGCCCUGAACCUCGACAUCUUGAACAUAAUCGAUUGUCAUCUGCAAAUGAGUUUAUCACUGCUUUAAGUGUCAUUGGAGGAGUGGACAUAAAGGACAGCGUUUGGAGAAUAAUGAAGCGAUGUCUCACCAAUGCCCUUGCCAAGCAGCUGAACUGGAGAGGAGUCAAUGGAAAGACUGCGUUUCAACGACUGGGGCUGAAAGACGUAAUUUCUCGAACUGUCAGAAACAACAUCCUAACCAAGGCAGCCACUGAUCAGGAAAUUGAUACGUUUAUCAAAAGAUGGCUCCAUUUGGCUGGGGACAGAGAUGGAGGCAGACGAAAAAGAGAAGAAAGACGACAGGCUGUCCAAAACUCCUCUCUGGAAGACACUCACGGUUGUGGUGGGCCCA